GUAGGUCGGGGGCUAUGACUAUGCCACCAGAGUAGCAGCUGAAGGCAUGUGCCAAUCGCUCGGAUAUCAGGGGCUAUGCAGCAAAGCUGAAGUGAAAGGAUACUCCAAAUGCGCAUUUGGAUGGAUGAGCGACUACAAGGGCUAUUGGUACCAUGAGACUAGCACCGGCUGUGGCACAGGCACGGGGUACCGCGAUGGAAGCAGCCACAACUCAGUGGGAGCCUAUUGCUGCCACAGCGCCCCACAAGUUCCACGCGAGUACGUUGGAGGCUACGACUAUGCCAGCAGAGAGUUGGCAGAAGCCAAGUGCCAGUCCGAGGGAUAUCAGGGGCUAUGCAGCAAAGCUGAAGUGGAAGGAUGGUCCAAGUGCGCUCACGGCUGGAUGAGUGACUACAAGGGCUACUGGUUCCACAAGACAAAAAGCGGCUGCGGUUCUGGCACGGGAUGGCGCAGCGGAAGCAACCAGAACGCCGUGGGUGCCUUUUGCUGUCACCUCGCCACCUUCGUUCCAAGGAAGUAUGUUGGAGGCUACGACUAUGCCACCAGAGAAUUGGCAAAAGCCAAGUGCCAGUCAGAGGGCUAUCAGGGGCUAUGCAGCAAGGCCGAAGUGGAAGGAUAUUCCAACUGCGCAUAUGGAUGGAUGAGCGACUACAAGGGCUACUGGUACCAUGAGACGAGCGCUGGUUGUGGCACAGGCGCAGGAUACCGCGAUGGAAGCAACGAAAACGCUGUGGGCGCCUACUGUUGCCACCACACUCCAGCUAUUAAAAGAACAUACGUCGGGGGCUACGACUACGCUACCAGAGCAGAGGCUAAAGACAAGUGCGCGUCUCUAGGCUUCCAAGGGCUUUGCACAGUGGCGGAAGUGGAAGGAUUCUCCAAAUGUGCAUAUGGUUGGAUGUUUGAUUGGAAGGGCUUCUGGCUGCACAAGACGCAGAGUGGGUGUGGUUCAGGCGCUGGAUACCGUAAGGCGCCUGGAAGUCAAACAAAUGCAGGGGCCUAUUGCUGCCAUAUUGCGUGGGCCACCCCAGCGCUCGCCAGCAUUCCCAGAAGGUACGUGGGCGGUUACGACUAUGCCACCAGAGAGCUGGCGGAAGCGAAAUGUCAAUCAUUGGGCUGGAAAGGUCUUUGCACCAAAGCUGAGGUGGAAGGAUGGGCCCACUGUGCGUGGGGUUGGAUGAGUGACUACAAAGGCUACUGGUUCGAUAAGACAAGCGCCGGCUGUGGCAAUGGCGAGGGCUUCCGCGACGGAAGCAGCGAAAAUGCAGUGGGUGCGUAUUGCUGCCACAUUUCCCCACUCAUUCAGAGAACUUACGUGGGUGGCUACGUAUACUCAACCAAGGAUGCAGCAGCAAGCGCUUGCCGAUCAAAAGGCUAUCGAGGAUUAUGCUCGAAAGCUGAGACAAAAGGGUAUUCUCACUGUGCCUUUGGAUGGAUGAGCGACUACAAGGGCUACUGGUACCAUAAGACAGAAACUGGUUGCGGUACAGGCGCUGGAUACCGUGAUGGAAGCAACCAAAAUCCAGCGGGCGCCUAUUGCUGUCACCCUGCACCUGCGUACAAAGGAGGCUACAUUUAUCAUACCCGGGAAGCAGCAAACUCAUCCUGCCAAGCGGCGGGUUACGAUGGCUUGUGCGCGAAGGCAGACAUUGAAGGACACCCAAGGUGCGAAGCUGGCUGGCUCAGCGACUUUAGGGGGUAUUGGUUCAAUGAAACACAAGCAGGCUGUGGAACUGGAGUGGGGUUCAGGAGCUACCCGGACACUGCAGCAGGAGCCUACUGCUGCUCUUUGGGUCUUGACAACACCAAAGUGGAGGUUGACCAAUAUGUUGGCAAAGUCAUUGCGCUUCACAAUGACUUCGAGAACAGGUACGUGGAGAUGACGGAAGUGUCGCUGGGAACCACCGCAGUUCGCAAUCGAGAUGACCCACCUGUCGAGCUAAGCCGUGCACACUUCCUCGUUGUUUUUGCAGGCGACGAUGAAGUGGGACUUCACAACGUUGUGGAAAACAGGUUUAUCCGAAUGAAUGGGCCUGCCUUCGCACAACCAAGCCCAUCAACAAAUGCCAACAGCCCUGUUUGGACAGCAGACCGCUUCAAGAUGUUGCGCUGUGGCAGCGGCGAGAUUUGUUUUCACAAUUCCUUGUACAACACCUUUUUAACGAUGCGCCCUGACCCACUUCCAUUUGGACUGAUUGGUGGCACCGCAGAGCUCGGGCCGGCGAUGCACUUUGCUUUGGUGGAGGUGCCAGGAAAUGCUGGCUUCAUCACCUUGUCUGAUCAAGCUUGCAAAGGAGUCCCAUAUACACACAGCCCUUGCUACACUGAGUGUCGUGGUUGGAUGUUGUCCUCCAUGGAUGAAUGUUGGCAGAAAUGCGUAACUAAUGCAUUUCCUGAAGGCUGCGUUGGUAUUACCGACAACUCAGAGUGCGUGGCGGCUGUUUUUGAGAGUAAUGGGCAGUGCCACCUUUAUGACGGGCAGUGCACCCAGCUAAGCACCGAUUCAGGCACCACAACACGGUUGAAGAAGUUUGAAGCCAAUUUUAAGCUCGUCGAGGGCCAAAGGUGCACAAACGCUCCCUUCACCGACAACGCCGGUAUUGAUUGCAAGGGGUUUGAACAUGUGACGACGGCAGAUGAAUGCAAGCAAAAGUGUAUGGAGAGCGCGCACGCGCCCAACUGUCCCCACAAGCCGUGCGCGGCGGCUAUGUUCUGGGAGGAUACACAGGUUUGCCAUUUUUAUGAUGCUUGCGAAUCAUGGACAGAAGCUUCAGAUGGAAGACCUGGCAAAGCCAUUGUGCAGAAGAAUCUCUUCAAGCACCUCCAUGGCGUAAAGUGCAGUAGCACCCCAUACACACAGCAGGCAGGCUGCAAUGGCUUCCAGGGUGUCAGCGCAGCCCAGUGCCAGGCAUUUUGCGAAAGGAGCGAUUCUCCCUGCGGCGUAGCCGGCACGUGUCGCGCUGCUACAUACAAUGAAGACACCGAGGAGUGCCAGCUUCACGACGAGUGUGGGACACAAACUGCAGUGGAAAACUACGUCUCCAUGAUUUCCGUUUUGCCCGCCACAUACCGAAACUUCAAGUUCUACAAUGGAAAGAGGUGCUCAACUUCUCCUUACACCUAUGAUUUGGGCGCAGAUCCGCCAUGCAACGGCUUUCACAACAUGAAUGAGUAUGAAUGCCAAGCCGCGUGUGAAAAUUCCAACGUGGCUUCGGGUUGCCCUGAGAAGCUUUGCGUUGCCUCUGUGUUCUACCCAUCCACGAAGGAAUGCCAUUUGUAUGAAAGCUGCCCUUCACUGGUCGAUGACGCAAAUGCCAGAACCAUCCGGGCUGCCGCAACAAGCCAACCUGCAUCGUUGAUCACCAAGGAAGCAGAAGUUGAAGUACCCGAGGAAAGUGACCUUGGCCCAUAUCACGAGCUGGCGACGGCCCUCCCAAGCGUGCUGAUGAACUUGACCAAUUAUUCUGGUCUUAUUCGCAACCAAAAUCGCAGCAAUCUUAAUAUGGCACACCGUUUCGGCGACCCCAAGAAAGAUAUCGAGCUCCUCUACGAGAUGUUUGAAGGCUUCUUCCGAGCUUUGAACACAAGCUUGGAUACCGAUGGCCCUUUGGUUUGCCCACACCGCUCUUAUGCCCACAUAUCGGCAUGCAUCUCCAUGGCAGCCUGCGUGUUGCAGUCCGCGGUGCCAACACACAUUGACAUGGAAUACUUUUCUUCUAUCAUGGAACUGGAAAUGAGGUUUCAGGAUAUUUCCUGGCCUAUCAUUCGCCAGGGAUUGAUGGAAGAGGCUUUGGAUUUCAGCGUGCCAGACGAGCUCUUGUCUAAAUACCGCUGUGAUGAGUUUGUAGAGGUUGGUGCUUAUGAACCUGCGAACAACGAAAGUUUCCUCCAGCUUGACAAUCUUGAAGGGAAAGCGAAGACCUUGGCUUUGUCCAGCGCCAUGCUCCAUGCAACGCGCGUCAGCCACCGGAUCUUGGACGCGCAUGGCCAGAACACCACCAUGGAGUCUACCCUCCAGCAGCUGGAAGAAACAUGGUAUCCAGUUUGCCGCCACCUCUUCUGUGACCACACGAAUUUCUGGGACAUACACAUGGCCUCGUACAAGCAGACCAGGGCAUUGCUGCAAACCAGUGCCGUGGCCCACUUACGCUCGGAGAUUCAGAGUAGGUACAAGCUGGAGCAAAGGAUGCAACGCUUUGUCUCAGCGCACCAGGACAAAGCCUUGGUGGAGAGGUUUUGGCGCAAUCACAACAGAGCUCAUGACGAGAGUCUCCACCUCUAUGGACAGCAAGGCCGAAAAGCAGUGCUACGAGUUGUGGAGAGCUUUAGCACACGGAACUUAGAGAAGGCACUUCAGCUAUUCGACCGCGAGGUCCUUCAAGAGCAUAUCGAAGAUCAUUCGGAUGAUUCCGAGGGACUCCUGACGGAAGGCUCUUUCCAAAGCAAGUUUGACACAUCGGUGAGCGCUUCGAAGUGGCGGUGGCUGAAGGCUAUAUUCAAGGCGUUGAAAUGCUUCGGGCAAACCAGUUUCUUUGUUGCGACCGGAUAUUGGAACCCAUUCCAUCCCAACGUCGGCUGGUCCUAUGCCCUCAGUGCUGGCAGCUUCUCCCAUUUCGGAAUGAUGGCAAGAGGGGAGCCGCACCCUGACGAGAACUUUUUCAUGUCUUUAUCUUUGGGAUUGAUCGCAGGAGUUGCGAAUGAGUUCUACGCGGCAGGGGUAAGUGCGUCCGUCUCGCUCUCUGUGGGCUGCGGAGCGAGCUGGACGGUCAGCUUAGGCGUUGGUGCAUGGGGAGCUGCCAUAGUGAAAGCCCCAUGGCUCCCCACUUGCAUCCUUGGCGCCAAAGUUCCGCCAGGUUGCGUAUCUGGAAUGGGCUUGUGUGCUUCAUGCUGCAAGUCAAUGGGCGUAAGUUUCUCGCUUUUGUGCUGCAGCUGGAAUGUGAAGACCAAAGAACAUACCUGUCGCUAGUGUCGGAGACCAGGCAUUUUUGGCAGCGGACUGCGUGAAGAGAAGGGCGCGGAUGUUUGCCAUUAUGGUGCAUAUUGUUUGAUGCUGGGCUAUCUCCGGCAGAGCUGGAGGGCCGAAGCUUUCAA